AUGUCGUCGCUGCAGUUCUGGAAACCGGGCACAUCAGCUCCUGGUAGUACCCUUGAUAGGGACACGCAAGCCGAGGGGAGCUUCAUAUCGUCGGCGCCGAGUUACGCACCUCUUUCGGUGCAGUCGCAACGCGAACGACUCCCUAUUUACAAGCAUCGUGAUAAAAUCCUAUACUGUAUUGAAAAAUACCCUGUCGCAAUCGUUGUCGGACAAACGGGAUGUGGGAAGACCACUCAGAUACCGCAGUAUCUGUACGAAGCCGGAUGGGCUGCAGAGGGGAACAUCAUUGCCUGUACUCAGCCGCGUCGUGUGGCUGCUACGUCUGUUGCUGGCCGUGUUGCAUCCGAAGUCGGUUCAAUCUUGGGUGAUGAGGUGGGAUACACUAUUCGCUUUGAGGAUGUCAGCGACAAAGAGCGAACACGAAUCUUGUACAUGACCGACGGAAUGUUAUUUCGUGAAACAUUAGUGGAUCCUUUGCUCUCGAGAUAUAGCGUUAUUAUGGUUGACGAAGCGCACGAACGCGGUAUAUACACCGACCUGUUGCUCGGUCUACUGAAAAAGAUCCAGAAAAAGAGACCUUCACUCCGUCUAGUGAUUUCUUCAGCCACCCUCGAUGCUACGUCUUUCUUGAACUACUUCACAUCUUCAUCCUCUAAAGACGACGCGAUAAUCGUCAGCUUGGAGGGGCGAGUGUUCCCAGUGGAAGUAGCAUACUUGCGAGAACCCACCGCAGACUAUGUUAAGUCGGCCGCGAUGACCGCUUGGAAUAUACAUCUUCAGCCCUAUCCAGGAGAUAUUUUGAUCUUCCUUACUGGAAGAGAAGAGAUUGACCGUUGCCUCGAAGAACUUUCUGAACUGAUACCAACGCGGCCGAAACAUCCGCAACGGCUCAUUCCAUUGCCGCUCCAUGCGGGACUCACUUCUGACGAGCAACUGAGUGUAUUCGACACCGCCGAUCGCGACACUAGGAAGGUCAUCAUUGCGACGAACAUCGCAGAAGCGAGUGUUACCAUCGACGGGAUAAAGUAUGUCAUAGAUAGCGGCUUCGUCAAGAUUCGGGUAUACAACCCGAGGACAGCGUUGGCAUCUCUCGCCACUGUCCCAACAUCCCGGGCAUCCGCUACUCAACGUGCGGGCCGAGCAGGACGUACCGCCCCUGGCGUAUGCUACAGACUAUACCCCAUUAGCGCGUAUGAGACAAUGGCGGAUUCGACUCCCGCAGAGAUAACUCGCACCGAUAUGACGACGCCGAUCCUGCAACUCAAGGCCCUAGGCAUAGACGAUCUCAUGAAGUUCGAUUGGGUAUCUUCGCCGCCUUCGGAGAGUGUACUGCGCGCCUUGGAGGGAUUGGUUGCUGCUGGUAUGUUGGGCGAAGAUGGUCGUCUGACGGUUAUCGGGGCACAAGUGGCGGAAUGUCCAGUGGAGUUGGGCAUAGCGCGGAUGAUGUUCAAAUCCAAAGACUUCCAGUGUGGCGAGGAAAUUCUGACCAUUGCCGCGAUGACCUCUGUUCAGGACGUCUUCAUUAUUCGGGAUGGUGCUCCAGGGGCACUCGAUGAACUGGAACGCCGCAAAUUCACUGCCGAGGAAGGGGACCAUCUGACACUACUGAACGCGUACAACGCUUUCGUGCGUUACGGCAAAUCAUUAAGUUGGUGCAAGUCCCAUGCCCUGUCCUUCCGCGCGAUGUCGCGGGCCGUGUCCAUCCGCUCGCAGCUGAAGAAGUACAUGCAGCGGUUCAACCUCCCCAUCCAGAGCUGCGAAGGCGAUGGGAAGCGGUUACGGCAGUGUCUGGUUAGCGGGUACUGGCGCAAUGGCGCGCGGUGGGUCGCGGAUGGCACGUAUCGGUCUGUGAGAGGCAAUCAGACACUGCAUGUGCAUCCGACCUCUGUGAUGUUCACCCGAAAACCUCGCUCGGGAUGGGUGGUGUUCCAUGAGAUGGAAGAGACGAAAAAGACUCAGAUACGGAUACUAACAGAGAUAGAACCUGAUUGGUGCGCUCAGAUUUUUGUCUCAUUAAAACACAGAGAGUCUCACCCAUCUUUCCCAGGCUUUUGGAACAUGGCCACGUCCUCGUGGACAAGAGGUCAGCUCAGAGCUGAACAAUAG